AGGACCCUACGUCACUGUAGAGGAAUGUGCGGAAACUUCUGCCUAUUUUUCUAAAAGCGCUGUCCGUCGAAGGAAAACCUUCCCAGAACAGUAAAGUCUCCAGGAAAGUCUCUGGAAGUUCGGAGUUUGUUAUGAGACAGAUCAUCUGAGGUGGUGUGCCUGAAGAUAUGCACCAAAACCACCAAUCAGAGCCAGAAGGAGGGGCUUAGUGCUGCCAGUCAACCUCAUGUACUUGCUGCUGCUGCCAUCAUAAGAGGCCUUGGCGCUGAAACCCGGUGAGCCUUCAGAACCGUAGAGUUCUGUCGCUCCACCAUCACCGACUGGUCGUGAUGGCGACUCAGACCAUGUUCUCAGCUGGGACGUUUCCUGUGGGCGUCUCUCUGGCGGAGGACGGGCCGGGCCUCAGCGACCUGCCCCGGAACACGCCGCCCGCCCCUCAGCUGGUGAUGCUGGCUAACGUGGCGGCGGUGACGGCGGCGGAGGGCGGCGACGGCGGCAGCACGGCUGACGAGAAGGAGAUGAUGGAGCUGAAAACGGUGGGAUGCGGCUACUCUGACAGUGAAGACGAGGGCGUCAUCAGGUACAGCUACGACAACCACAACCACCGCGAGGUGUGCAUCGUGGAGUACCCAGAGUCCCCGAACCCGGCCGCCCAGACCGUCGCCAUUGGCGGCAGCAGAGAGGAUGAGGAGAACCACCCCUCUAAGAAACAGCCCCCAUCCACUAAGCCCCGCCUUUCCACCAUUUCACCCCAACCUGGAGUCAAAGGGCUGACGGACAGUGCCCAGAAGAAGAAGCCGUUCUGCUGCAAGCCGUGCCACUUCCAGGGCCAGAACGAGCAGGAGUUCGUAGAGCACCUGAGCACACACAGCAUCAACAAGAUGAUGGUGGUGCACCAGGUGGAGGGGCGGAGCAAGAGCAAAGCCAAGGAGGCGGAGUCACGGGAGGCUUCGGCAGGCAGGGAGGCGGAGCCUGGCGGGGAGGCGGAGCCUGGCGGGGAGGACGUGGCCACCGGCGUAGAUGCCAAAGGGCUGAUCAGGUGCGAGCGCUGCGGCUACAACACCAACCGCUACGACCACUACAUCGCUCACCUGAAGCACCACAGCAAGGAGGGUGACGACCACAGGGUGUUUAAGUGCACUCUGUGCGCCUACACCACGGUCAGUCAGUACCACUGGAGGAAGCACCUGAGGAAUCACUUCCCCAGCAAAUUGCACACCUGCAGCCAGUGUUCCUACUUCUCCGACCGCAAGAGCAACUACAUCCAGCACAUUCGGACCCACACAGGUGUGCGUCCAUUCCAGUGUCUUUACUGCGACUACUCGAGCUCCCAGAAGACUCACCUGACCCGCCAUAUGAGGACUCACUCAGGUGAACGUCCCUUCAAGUGUGAAAGCUGCAGCUACCUGGCAGCCAAUCAGCAUGAGGUGACCCGUCACGCCCGGCAGGUCCACAAUGGUCCCAAGCCUCUGUCCUGCCCCUACUGCGAGUACAAGACGGCCGACCGCAGUAACUUUAAGAAGCAUGUGGAGCUGCACCUGAACCCGCGGCAGUUCCUCUGCCCGCUCUGCAAGUACGCCGCUUCCAAGAAGUGCAACCUGCAGUACCACAUCAAGUCCCGGCACUCCGGCUGCAACGUGGACCUGGAUGUGUCCAAAGUCAAGCUGCGAGUGAAGAAACCCGGUCCGGACGGUGCAGACGACAAGUCGGAGUUAAAGGCAGCCAAGCUGGAUGACUCCCCCGCCACAGAGGACGAUGUGGACGAGGAAGACGACUCGAGCCCCAUCAAUCUGUCCAUCAGGAGUAGCAGCAGACCCAGCAUCACACCGCCACUGCUAAGCGAGAUUCCCGAUAAGGCUGCAAGGAAACGCAACUCCUUGACUGAGAAGGAGAGACCUGUGAAGGCAAAGGAAGCUGAAAAGAAAGUCUCGACCAGGCAAAAGAAGGUCAAGGAGAAUCCUGUGGAGAACAGGGACGGUAAAGAAGUCCAGACUGCUGCUGGGAGUGCUGAUGUCAAAGUGAAGAGACGAGUGAGGAAAAUUCUCACUGCAAAACCAGUUUCCCAGGAUCUACCAGAACCUACAUCCCAGGAAAAACUACUGGUGGGACCUGCUUCCCAGAAAGACCAGUCUGAUCCAAAGAGUUCUGACCAGCAGUUAUGUAAAGACAAAGACUUGAAUGUGAGCUCCCUUAAGGAGAGCAAGAAAAGCCUCAGCAAAAAUCGAAAGUCUGAAACCUUAAAGACUCCAGAACAAGCUGAGACACAGAAACCCAUCAGUCCUGAGAAGAGCCAGAAAGGACAGUGGGUCAAAGAAAAGCCCACUAAAAGGAAAGCAGGACAGAUUCUGGAUCUAUCCCAAGAGCCCUCCAAGAAAAAGUGCCUGAAAGCUCCCAUUGCCAAGAAGCUGCUGUCCAAAACAUCUUCGAAUAGUACCAACGAGCCAAGUCCGACUGAAAAGACCAUCAAAGAGGCAACAUCCAAGCAGAAAAAGACCAGGACCUCCACCAGGAAGACCUCAGCAGUCGGUCCAAAGCCAGAUGGAUCGAUCUCUGAAAGCAGUCCAUCCUUACAGGCUAUGAAGGGUUCUGUUCAGCCAACUGGUUGUGGUGAAAUGGCUUUCUCCACAGAUGGGUUGACCCAACCAGAACCAGAUGGUCCUCCCAGCAGACCAUCAGAGAAGACGGAAGGUUCCCAUCCCACCUUCAUCAAGCCAUCGGUGCCGCCUCGCCUCCUCCUUCCUGGCCAGCGUGGCAGACCGGCUGACGCCGAGGACGACGAGGGGAUCCACAGCAGCCACGAGGGAGGAAGUGACAUCAGCGACAGUGCCUCAGAAGGCAGUGACGACUCUGGCCUCAACGGUACAGGUGCUGCUCCGGGAAAGCUGGCCAAUGAUCCGGAGACGCCCACCGAGGAGAUUCCCACACCCACCGAACUCAAGAGCCACACGUGCAUCUUCUGUGACCGCACGUUCCCCCUGGAGACGCAGUACCGGCGCCACCUGAACCGCCACCUGGUCAAUGUGUACUACAUGGACCCUGCUGCGCCCAGAUGAGCAGGUCUUCAUGGUAACAGACUGGCCAGAGGGCCAGGAAGUGGUUCUGUUGAGGCCUUGGCUCAGGCUCUGGUCCAAAAGAACUUAAAGUCAACUACAUGUUUAUAUCUUUGAGUGUGAAACGGUUAUACUCCAGAACCCCCGGUCCCAAGUUCUGACUGUUGGUUCCGCUGAUCUGAACUGAUCGCCGUCAGUUCUUGUGGUCUGAACUUUGGACUCUGGUCAGGACCAACCAGCUGCCGCAGACAAUCAGCUGCUUCUGACAGGUUCUGGUUCCUGUCCAAAGACAGUCUGGACGUUCCACUAGCGGUUCACAAUGAUGAUGAUGAUGAUGAUGAUGAUGAUGAUGAAGCUUCCAGCUGUGUAAAUAUCUCAGUGCAAUAGACCAUUGAGUCCAGAGGCCAAAGUGACUCUUAGUUUUAUCAUGAAGUGAAAUGAACUGAAUCAGAUCCUUCAUAGAAAUGAAGGAUCUGAUUCAUUCCUAUGACAGACCGGCCCGGUUCCCCAUGGACCGGCCCGGUUCCCCAUGGACCGGCCCGGUUCCCCAUGGACCGGCCCGGUUCCCCAUGGACCGACCCGGUUCCCCAUGGACCGGCCCGGUUCCCCAUGGACCGGCCCGGUUCCCCAUGGACCGGCCCGGUUCCCCAUGGACCGGCCCGGUUCCACAUGGACCGGCCCGGUUCCCCAUGGACCGGCCCGGUUCCCCAUGGACCGACCCGGUAUUAGCAGGACACAAAUCAUGUUUUUUACCUGUAAUCUGUCGUCUCAUCGUUUCCAAUAAACAUUUCAUGCGA